GAGGGGAGAUUUCCCCAAAGCGAGUAACGAGCAUUGGAAUUGACCAAGCACAGAACGCGUGUCGUUCGAUGUUGCACCAACCGAAACAGCAGACUCGCGCAGACGGUGACUUUGAUCUGUGAUUGGAGGAAAAACACACCAUUCUAACCAGCUUCGAGGCGUGGCUUGCCAAAGUGAUCUCUAGCUAUUUAGGGUCAAGUUGAACAUUUUUUUCCAUCUCUGCAAGCGGGUUUGUAAAGUUUGCAUUAGUACGACGCAGAGGUCGGUAGAAAUUACGCGACGAAAAAAGAUAUAGAAUUAGUUGGACUGGCUAUUGUUAUCAAAGCUGCAAACGCCACGAAUCCCGAGCUUGCUAGGCUCGAGGGGGCUUUCACGAAGAACAGGGGCAACUUGCUAGCGACAUAACCGUUUAGCCAGACAAAAUCAGCUAACGUUAGCUAAUCCCUUCGCUAGCUAACGAAUCCCAACGUGGGAGUGCUAGUGGUCUGAAGCGGAGCAAACACCUCCAUCUGCGGAUCAGGCUCAGGCUGGUGAGUCAGUGGGCGUGUUUUGUUCGUGUCUCUUGCGUGUUGUUAGCGACCAAGCUGGCUAACUAACUUCUUGGCAUAAAAUGUCCGCGAUUUACUAGCGAGCGGUUGGGUUAUUUUGCCUACAAGCGAAAGAGGGUCCGAUUGGUGUUUAUCGGGAAAGUUAUUUUCAGGUAACCUGCGUAAGUGACUGCGCUUUUGUCAGUUUGGACUGGACUCGGCUUUUAAAAGAGGAAUCAUGGAGCUAGCACUGACGUGAUAGCAGUCAGCGCAGAUCUUGGCAAGUUACACAACGUGGAAAACUUCGUAGCUGCUGGUGCACACCUUUGAGUCGCGGGCAAGACGGCUACUACUUUUCCACCGGGUCUAAACGACGGGCAUGAAACAGUAUAAGUGAUGGAGAUGGCUGUGAGUACCUCUACACAGGCGUUGGACGAGUUUGACAGGAAUGUCCCUCGGAUAUGCGGCGUGUGUGGCGACAAGGCCACCGGAUUCCACUUUAAUGCCAUGACCUGUGAAGGGUGCAAGGGCUUCUUCAGGCGUAGCAUGAAGCGCAAGGCCACUUUCACCUGUCCUUUUAAUGGGAGCUGCAACAUCACCAAGGACAACCGCCGCCACUGCCAAGCCUGUCGCCUGAAGCGCUGUGUGGAGAUUGGCAUGAUGAAAGAGUUCAUCCUGACAGACGAGGAAGUCCAGCGCAAGAAGGACCUGAUCCAGCGACGUAAAGAGGAGGAGGCUCUCCGCGAGGCCCAGCGCCCACGCUUGACGGAUGAGCAGCAGAACCUCAUCUCCUCGCUGGUGGAGGCGCACCACAAGACCUACGACGACUCCUACACCGACUUUGCGCGCUUCAGGCCUCCAGUGAGAGAAGGGCCAGUGACACGUAGUGCCAGUCGAGCAGCUUCCCUCCACUCGCUGUCAGAUGCCUCUUCAGACUCUUUCAGCCACUCCCCAGAGUCUGGAGACAGCAAGGUGAACCUGAGUAACCUGCUGAUGAUGUACCAGGAACAGGGCUCCAGCCCUGACUCUGCCGAGGACGACGGCUCCCGCCUCUCUAUGCUGCCUCACCUGGCCGAUCUGGUCAGCUACAGCAUCCAGAAGGUCAUCGGCUUUGCUAAGAUGAUUCCUGGUUUCAGAGACCUUACAGCAGAGGACCAGAUCGCCCUGCUGAAGUCCAGUGCCAUCGAGGUAAUUAUGCUGAGAUCCAACCAGUCCUUCAGCCUGGAGGACAUGUCCUGGACCUGCGGGGCACCUGACUUCAAGUACUGUGUGAACGAUGUGACCAAAGCUGGACACACUCUUGAGUUGCUGGAGCCACUGGUCAAGUUUCAGGUGGGGCUUAAGAAGCUCAAUCUCCAUGAGGAGGAGCAUGUGCUGCUAAUGGCCAUCUGCUUGUUGUCUCCUGACCGUCCAGGAGUGCAGGACCACGCGCGUGUGGAGACCCUGCAGGACAACAUGUGCGAGGUGCUGCAGGCCUACAUCCGCGUCAACCACCCCGGCGGGCGCCUGCUCUACGCCAAGAUGAUCCAGAAGCUGGCUGACCUGCGCAGCCUCAACGAAGAGCACUCCAAGCAGUACCGCCUGCUCUCCUUCCAGCCGGAGCACAGCAUGCAGCUCACACCCCUUGUUCUCGAGGUCUUCGGUGGACAGGUCACCUAGCAACCUGGUCGUCAGGGCAGCAGCCAAAGGUCGUGGAGGGGGUUUGGCGCAGUGAGGGGUGGGUAGAGGGGCGGUUG